AUGAUGGGGUUUACACGGUUUCUCAUCUUCGCGCUGGCCGCUGCCGCCACUGAAUCUUCCUGCUUAUCAGCUAGCAGAAAUCAGAGCAUCAUUGUUCACGAGGCUCCUCAGACUGUCCGCCCUUAUGUCAUGCCCAAGUAUAAGGGCCGUGCCGUCUUGUUGUCCAAGACCGAAGUGGUGCGAUUUGCCAUUACGGCAAAUUCGAGCGAUGGGGCGUUCUCAAUGAUCCAGCAUAACGGAAAACUAAGUGGUUACGCAGCCGCGCGCUUCCACACGCAUCGCAAUGUCCACGAGCAUGUGUACUGUGCCAGAGGAAGGGUUGAGCUCUGGGGCCAGAAGAACACGACCGACUCUAUCCAAGAGGCGCGAGUGGCCACACUAGGAGACUACGGUAAUUUUCCUAUUGGCAGUAUCCAUACUUUCCAGCUUGUCGACCCCGACACGCAAAUGACGCACAUCUUCCACCCAGCCGGCUUCGAGCAUCUGUUCGACUUUUACAGUCUCGGGGACUUUGAUUCCUCCGCCGUUGGUUCGCCCUAUGUCCCGCAUGUCGAGGACGAACCGCGUUUCGGGCCGCUCACGCCGGAGUUGGAAGCAGAGCUGGCCUCGUUAGACUUGUACACGAGUAAACAGUUUGUCCCACGAAGGGACCUUAUUAACGGAACGGCCGGUGAUAGCCGUCUUAACUGGCAUAAUGGUCCAAACGACCUGCCAACCACCUACGGCGAACCAUACUUCGUCGCUAAAGAUCACGGCAAAAAAUUUUUGAAUACAGAAAAUGGAUACAAGGUUAUUCAGCCUCUAACUAACGAGGCCACCGAGAAGAAUUUCACCAUCGGCACUGUCAUCAUGUCACAAAAGCUCAACAACGAAUCCUUGACAGUAACCACUCUCCCGCACCAUUUCGCCCUGCAGAUGGAAGACGGCCAGCUCAUUCUCAAAGUUGAGGGAUAUGAAAGUACGGCGAUGCUUCAUGGAGACGUGGCAUUUAUCCCUGCUGGAACCCGGUUCACUUAUCAUGCUGCCGUCCCCUUCACUAAAUUCUUGUACAUGAAUAAUGGCUAUAAAGGCUUAGACUAUCAGCUCCUGGAGAACGCCGUGCCUUGGGAACUGCCUGCUUACCCGCCGUACGCUGGUUUCAAGGCAUAA